AUGGCCGAGGAAUUCUCUGUUCAGUACCCGCAGGCCAACUCCAGUAAAUCACAGCCAGCCUCGCCCCAGGCGGAAGAAAAUGUCGUUUCUCAUUCCCAUGACAAAGCAAUAAGUUUCCAGGAAUUUGACGAAUAUGCCCUCGUCAAUCGUACCAUUGGGUUCCACGGCCAGGAAGCAACAUUUGGCAGUAUGCAGAAGUCAUUCCUAGGGAUGGAAAGGCCCAAGUCAAGGCAAGCUAUGCCCCAGAGCUUGAAGUGA